AUGGCGACAGAGUCGAAGCCGGAGACGGAGACGGUGACGGACAUGACGGACACGACGGCUGAGAGCCAGACGGAGCCUGUUAUUUUGUUGGUCGCUUUCUUUGCUGUGGUUAACGGUGGAUUGCUGCCUGUUAAGCCCGCCAACUCCGAGGACACUUACGAUGCACAUCCUCGCUACGAAUUUGGUUACAAUGUGGCAGAUGCGGACAGUGGCGAUGUCAAGUCGCAGCAGGAAACACGAGACGGCGACUUGGUGCAGGGUCAAUACACAUUGAACGAUGCCGAUGGCUAUCGUCGCAUUGUGGACUACACGGCGGAUGCGGAGCGUGGUUUCAGCGCCGUUGUGCGACGUGAGCCACUGAAUGCCGUUGCUCCAGUUGCCGUUGUAGCUAAAAAGGCAAAAUCAACUGUGCUUACUCCGAAGCUUCAGCCAGUUCAACCAGCUGUGGUGGUCAGAAGCUAUGCCGCGCCCACAUUGAUCCACCACGCGCCAGUGGCGCACGUUGUGCACGCUGCUCCCGCACCCACGAUUGUGGCUCAUCACGUGCCAGCUCUGUUGAAAUCAUCGAUACACGCUGCCCAUCCACAAACUAUUUCAUAUGUAUUCCAGCACUAGGGAGAGAGAGGGAAAUAAUGUCUGUUGGCAUAUUUUGUGACUGCAAACGUUUCUUGAUUAUCAAUAAAU